GCUGGCUCUUUUACUCUACCGUUAAUACAGUUACUUUAGUUGCACCCACCACCCCCGCCCCCAAAUCUACCUUCGAUCCUUUCUCUCUGUGUCGGAACGGACAGCGAGGUGACGGUAAGGCAGGAUAUGUGGCCGUCCGGCUUGCGGGUGAUGGUGGUGGACAACGCCUCACGCUACCUCGGCCUCAUGGAGCGGCUGCUGUUGUAGUGCAACUAUCAGGGUUCGAAUACACCCGCAAUGGACAUAUGCCAUUGAUCCAUUAAUCUUCUUCUUUCUUUGAUUGUUUCAUUACGUUCGAGUCAUGUGUUAGUGAACUUUGUUUCCUGAUCGCUUAUUAGCACCUUUUUAUUUGGAUCUUCUACAAAAAGUUAUGACAUGUGCACAAGUUCAAGAAGCUAUAUCACUCGUCAUGGAUAAUCGACAAAGCAUUGAUCUAAUCAUCAGUGAUGCAUUUUUGCAAAGCGAUGAUGGCUUGUUGAUUCUGAAACCCCUCGCCUUGGCACUCGAUUUUGCUGUGAUAAGUAGAUUAACUACUCCAAAAACAUAUAUUUUAGCGAAUAAUUCUACUUGGAUUCUUGAUGUAUUUGCGUGGCGUAGUGUUGUCUUGGAGUGAAGAAUUCGGCAUGAUGAUGAACUAUAUAGCCCACGGAGCUUGCGAUUUCCUGAUCAAGCCACUGAAGAUUAAGGAACUGAGAAAUAUAUGGCAGGAUGUGUUCGGAAACAAAUGGGAUAGCGGUAUGAUACGAUCGGGUAGUCUCGUGAAGAAACAAAAGGAUUGCAUACUACCCAUUCGAGAGGCAGAUGGAGUCGUCACCGACGUCUGUGACCUCAAGAAGGCCAGACUACAGUGGACGACGCAACUCCAUCAAUCAAUUCGUGGCAGCAGUGAACGCUCUUGGGCUCGACAAGGCGUUGCCAAAGAAAAUUUUGGAGAUCAUCAUCUAACAAGGGAGCAAGUUGCCAGUCAUCUGCAGAAGUACCGACUGCAGCUGAAGAGGUCGAGUUCGUGGAUGGCCGUGGAAAGCGUUGAAUCUUCCACGUUUGAUUCCAAUGAGGAAACGCAGAACAACGAGUUCGUGGUGCCGAAUCUGUCAGCAGCUUUGGGCCAAUUGGAUGCGGUGGUGAUGGGGAACUAUGGCAACAAAGCUGGUGAAUCCUCGAGCAGCUCGCGCGGCACGACCGAUGACCUCAACACCUGCUUCGGCGAUGGCUUCCGUGAACCGAACGGGCCCCCGGCGUGAGAAGCCUUCGGCCCCUGUUAUUGGACACUGGAUUCUUAGAAGUCACUGCUAAAAGGCUUUGUUUGCGUUGAGAAGGGGAAGGAAUGAUCUUCGAAUAGUA